UCUUGCUAACACGUCACUUCUUGCUAUAUCAAGUCACAUGAUAAUUUUCCAACAUGUCUGGUGAUCAUCUCCCUUCUGAGUUUGAGGUUUUGAUUGUGGGGACAGGCCUUCCAGAAUCUGUCAUUGCGGCAGCAUGCUCAAGGAUCGGCCAGAAGGUUUUGCAUGUUGACAGGAGUGCUUAUUAUGGAGGAAACUGGGCCAGUUUUACAUUUUCUGGGUUACUGUCCUGGAUUGAAGAACACAAGCAAGAAGCCUGCAACAAAGAUGAAGUUAAAGAGUGGAAAGAUAAGAUUCAGGAAGGUGAAGAAGCUAUACUGUUAAACACUGCGGAUAAGACCAUAACCAAUGUGGAAGUAUUCCGUUUUGCAAGUCAGGAUUCAGAGGACAAUAUACAGGAAGAGGGUGUCUUUCAGUUGAAACAUGAUAGUUCAGUUACUGCUCCUGGGACAGAGGAAUAUAGUGGUAGUUCAACAGGUUGCCAUGGUCAACAAAUCCAGGCUACAGUUACUAAUACUGUAGAGUCAUCUCCAUCAGAGGAUCCAGUGAGGAGUGGCUCACAAGCCUCUGCCCAGGCAACAGAUGAUGCACCAUCCAGCCAGGAAGAAAACCAUGGCAAUAUGUUUUCUACAGAAUCUGAAAAACAAGAAGCUGGUGUAACUGAACAGGUCUCGGCUUCUCCAGCAUCAGAAUGUACUGAUGGAAAAAAGAGGAAAAAGAUCACCUAUUCCCAGAUCGUCAAAGAAGGCAGAAGGUUUAAUGUUGAUUUAACUUCCAAGCUUCUGUAUGCCAAGGGCUCUUUGGUUGACCUCCUUAUUAAGUCCAACGUUAGUAGGUAUGCAGAAUUCAAAAAUGCUACCAGGAUACUUACUUUCCAAAAUGGAAAAGUGGAGCAGGUGCCUUGUUCACGAGCAGAUGUCUUUGCAAGCAAGCAGCUUACUGUGGUGGAGAAGAGAAUGCUAAUGAAGUUCCUCACAUUUUGUAUGGACUAUCAGCAACAUCCUGAAGAAUACUUGGAUUUCAAAGACCACACAUUUGUCGAGUUUUUGAAGAUGAAAAAGCUAACGGCUAACCUGCAGCACUUUGUCCAUCAUUCGAUCUCCAUGGUCUCGGAGACUGCUAAAACCACAGAGGGCCUCCGUGCUACCCAGAAUUUCCUGCAGUGUCUUGGGCGUUAUGGAAACACCCCCUUCCUUUUCCCCCUGUAUGGAAAUGGGGAAAUCCCACAGUGCUUUUGCAGAAUGUGUGCAGUUUUCGGCGGAAUCUACUGUCUUCGACAUGCAGUGCAGUGCUUGGUGGUAGACAAAGAAACAAAGAGAUGUAAAGCAGUGAUCGACACUUCUGGCAUGCGAAUCAGCAGCAAACAUUUCAUUGUGGAAGACAGCUAUGUGGCAGAUGAGCAGCGCAAGAGUGUCCAGCAUAGACAGAUUUCUAGAGCUGUCCUCAUCACGGAUAAGUCUUUGUUGAAGGCAGAAUCGGAUCAGCAGAUUUCCCUUAUAACGGUUCCCCCGCUGGAGCCUGGCCGUCCUGCCGUCCGUAUUAUUGAACUCUGUUCCUCAUCCAUGACAAAUAUGCAGGGAACGUACUUGGUCCAUCUUACCUGUCCAUCUUCAGGGACUGCUAAAGAAGAUUUGAGUCUAGUUGUGUCCAGAUUGUUUUCUGAAAAUGUGGAUGCGGAUGAAAAGGAUGCUGAUUCAAGCGUGGAGAAGCCUUCAGUGUUGUGGGCCCUGUAUUUUAACAUGAGAGACUCCUCUGUAGCUGAGAGAAGCUCCUACAGUCUGCCUUGUAAUGUCUACGUCUGUUCUGGACCAGACUCGACUCUUGGCAGUGAUCAUUCUAUUAAACAGGCUGAGAGUAUCUUUGGUCAGUUGUUCCCUGGUGAGGAGUUUUGCCCUCCUGCCCCAAAUCCUGAAGACAUUAUUUAUGAUGGAGAUGGAGCCGAGACAGAGAAUGCAGGCUUUGGGACCCCUUUGGAGCCAGAGCAUAACAAGCCAGAAGAGGAUGCAGUUCCUGAACAGGAGAAUGAAAAAGCAAUGACAGAAACAACAGAGAAAAACACCACUGUUACCCCGGUCAGUUUGGCUACUUGCGACAAUUCAACAGAAGAACAAGAUACAGAAUAACUCCAUGAAAGCUCUUUCUUCUCAUGAAACAGAAUUCUACAAGUUAUUUUACCUAUUUAAACAUGUAACAUUCCUCAAAGCCUUAUGAAUAUGGUACACCUUUAAGCAAAAAACCUUUUAAUAAUGUGAACUUAUUUUAAUUGUCUUCAUUUGCAGGCUGUCAAUGUUAACAUUGUUAAGUUUAAGGAAUCGCUUACUUUUUAUAUGUUCAUUGUCUGAGGUGAAUGUUAGUAAUGUCCAUGGACAUUCAUUUAAAACAAAUUAAUGGUGUGUGUG